AUGAUUAAACUUUUAAUCGGUAUUGUAUUCGGAGUUUCACUUUGGUUGAUUGUAGUUGGCAUAUCGUUUGGAAUCGAUUUACCGAAACUUGUUAGAAUAUGGCCGGAUUUUUCGAAUUCUUCGUCGGAAAAUCAUCGAGAUCUGGAAUAUAUCGUUGAAAGAGUUCGGCAUAGAAUAGAAGAUGGGAAAGAAGAGAAGGAGGAUAUGAGAAAUGGUGUGUAUUUGACACAUCAUCGAUAUUUUCUGGAAAAUGUUGCCAAUUGGAAAUGGGAAUAUGCGGAUAGGUUGGUUUUUGCUAAUUAAAAAAAAUUAAAUUUGCUGAUUGUGAAUCGAAAUUUUUGUUUUUAUUAUUUUUUUCAACUUGAAUCACCCCAUAACACAAUUUAUCACUAAAAUUCUUGAAUUUUUGCUGUUUCAAGAUUCUAAUCUAGAACUAUUUCAGUUGAUAAUUCUUAUGAUAAUCCAAACCUGAUUUUCUGAACUCAGAAUCUCAAAAAUUUUGCAAAAGUCAGAUCCUAAAAAAAUUUCCCAAAAACGUGACAUUUUUGACGUGACACGUAGAACAUAAUAAUUCAUUUCCAGAAAAUUCUCAUUAAACGACAUUUGCUACAAACCCCACUAUGAACUCAUCAAAACCUCGAAUUCCCGCCAAACCUCCGCGAUUCACAAGAAAAUCGAAAUUGAAGCACGAAAAGCAUCGCCUUGUCUCAUAGUUUCACCGCUGAAUUGCUUCUAUGAUUCAUACAAACUCCAUUCGGAUAUCAGUGAAUGGAAUUCGAAUGUUGAAAUUAUGAAUGGUGAAAUUAGAAGUUUGUGGGAGGAAAAUGGGACAAAGCCUUAUGUAAAGGGGAAUACAAAAUUGGAAAUUAUCGAUGGUUGGUCGAAAAUUGUUGAUCGAAAAUGGUAUGAGAAAAUUGAAGAGUGGAUAGCGGUUAGUUUUUCAAUCCUGAAAUUUAUAAAUUUCAAAAAUAUCUUCAGAGUUUGAAACCAAAAUCAAAAGUUUGCGCAGACCCUCUAAGAUCUUGUGAAGAUUUAUAUGAUGCUCAAAACUAUUUCAAUAUGUGCACAAUAAUGUCAACAUUCAAUGAUUAUGAUUCAAAAAAUGAGAUAACCCUCAAAUUCGAAUUGGAUGACGAUGAUUCGGAACUGAUGACCAAAUUAGAUUGUGUAGAAGAUCGAGAAUUAUUCAUUGAAUGGGCCAAAGAGAAGGAAUUGCUCAAUAUGAUUGAUGUGAUCUCGCCGAAUAUGUCAUUGCAUUUGCCGAAUUAUGAGAAAAUAUUGGAUGGGCCGUGUAAUGGUGUUUUUGGCGAGGGGAAUGAGGACAAGCUUUUUAGUGGAAGUUAUGAUGGAGAUUUUGUUUUUGAGAUUUUUUUAAUGAACCCGGAGGAUUUUUUAUCAAGCUUGGUAAGAAUUUAGUUUUAUUUAAACUCAAAAAGACGCUUUUUCACGCUGAGAAAGAUCCUGUUUUCAGUUUUGCUAAACGACUCUCUGAAGAGCCCAAAAAUUGAGAAUUUUCUGAAAAUUGCGUUUUUGAGAGCCUGUAACUCAUGUUAAAGAUAAUUUUUAUGAAAAACUGAAUGCAUCACGUUGUUCAGGAGGGUUGAUUUACCAAAGUCAGAAAUUUUUACAAAAUUUUCCAAAAAUGUGCAAUCCAGAGCUGAAAAUCAUUAUAGAGAUAUUUAGUAUCAAAAUUCUGAAUUUUCAAGCUCCAGAGCUCACUUGUCAUUAAAAAAUCCAGAAAUCCAGCUUAUUUUCAACUAAAAAAGCUUCUAGAGUAAAAUUCAUGAUUUUAAGAAAAUUCUAGGUAAAAAAUCAUGCUUUUCAAGCUCCAGAGCUCAAUUUCCAUCAAAAAUCAAUAAUUCCAGGCUAUUUUUGGCCAAUAACGUGCUCCAAGGCUCAAUUUUCAUCAAAAAUCCAGAAAUUCAGCUUAUUCUCAACUCAAAAAGCUUCUGGGGUAAAAUUCAAAAAAAAAUCAUCUCUAACAUGAGUUAUGGGCUCUCAAAACCACAAAAUUUCAAAAAUUCUUAACUUUUGGCUCUUUAGAGAGUCGCUCAGCAAAAACUGAAAACAGGAUCUUUGUGAAAAACUGUACAGAAUCAUCUUUGUCUCACACUAGGACUCUAUCUGAAUUUUUUGAAAUUUUCAAUUUGAAAGCCUUAAUUUCUACAUAAGUUCCCUACAGUACCUAUGUAUUCACUCUGAUUUUUCAGAAUCAACAGAAUAAUAAGAUCAAUUGGACACUAAGUGAUUCUAAUGAAAUAAUCAACAUUUGGAGAACCAACAUCAGAUCUGAAGCUAUCAAAUGGAACUCGAAAAAACUCAGCGAAAAACUGAAAAUUGUGACAGAAGUUGUGUCACUGAACACUGAAGACGAGAAAAAUCCAGAAAAAAAUUUUAUAAUAGUUUUAUCAAAUCAAUUUUUAACCGUACUUGUAAGUUUUUCAUUUUUUUUUCUGCAUUAAAAAUCUCAAAAGUUUUCAGAUUUUAUCCACAAUUUUCCUAUGGAAUAGCACAAUCAUUUAUAGCACAUCAAGUUUUAUUGCUAGAACUUUUUUUGGGUUUAUAGUUGUUUUCAAUUAUUUCGACGGGUCUUCUUUUUCUUCCAAAAUUAUGGUGAGAGGAUUCAAAUUUCUCCUAGAAAUUUUCAGAAUUUUUUGCAGAUUUUCACGGGUUUUUUGAUUGUUCUCAAUAUGAUUUUAACUUCCUGGAUCUCGAAAAGAUGGAGAACAAAAAGAAAAAACGACUCGCAAACCAUAGCAGAAACUAAAGAAAGUAUGAGAAGUAUUUCGAUGGCAUCAAGUGUUUUUGAAAAUUGGACAAAUCAAGAAAUGCUACAAUAUUUCGAUAAUUAUCUACGGAAAGCUUCGGAAUCUGAAUUUUCAAAUUGGUUUCGGAUAAAUUCGGCGAUAUGGGUGUUGUUGAUUAUUCCAUGCUUGAUUAUUGAGAAUUUUGUGGAGUUGUUUGUUUUGAUUGGACCUUCGAUUGGAGUUUUUAUGGUGGAGAGAUAUUUUAGAGGUUUGUGGGGUUUUCGGGGAAUUUUCAACUCGAAAAUAUUUGGACCAAAUCAGAGCAGGUUUUUUACUAUCAAAAAAAUUUAGAGAAAACAAUUUUUAAUAAAAAAAAGUCAAAAUCUCCAAAUUCAACAAAAUUUGAAAGAUUUUUAGGUUUCAGAGAUAUUAUACAAUUUUCGAUUUUUUUCCACUGAAAAUUAUCCAUUUCAAAUUGUUUUCAGCUGAAUCAUGAUUUUUCCAACCAAUAUUUCAAAAUUUGAAUUAUUUUCAGGUUUCAUAUUGAUUUUUAGAGUUUUCAUUGUGAGGGUUUUAAAGAAAAUAAUUUUUGAUCUACCCGAAUUUUUUUUUAGAAAAUAGGAUCAAGUUGAAAAAAAAAUAAUGAAAAAAACAUUUUUCUACAGAAAAUUUCGAUUCAGCAAAUGUCUGAAAACCCUAUUUUUUCCACACAAAAAUUAAAAAAAAUGUCAAAAAUAGAAGAAAAUUUUUAACAUUGGUUCUUCAAAAUUCCAAAAUCCCUCACAAUUCCUGUUUUUCCAGCAUGUAAAGAUGAAAAAUGUGGAAAUUUGAUUGAUCGGAUUAAAAAUUGUCGAAAACGACUUAUUGAGAGAAUUGAUGAAGAAGGAAUUGAGAUGGUUAAUAUGGCAGGAUGUUCGGAAACAAUCCAAAAUUCACCGAAGAGAACGCCUACGGUUUCCAGGAGACAUAUUGUAGGUUUAAAAAAACAAUCAUGCCUUUAUAAAAGAAAUUUUCCAGAAAUCAAUCCACAAAAUCCAGAACUAUAUCCAAUAUUAUUCAUCGUGGUUUUACUAUCAUAUUCUAUUCCUGUCUAGAAGAUCAGCAAUUUAUAUUUAUUCGAUCUCAACACUAUGUUUUCUUCUAUCACUUUUUGUCAUUCUGUUUUGGAAUCCUUCACCAAUUCCAUCAACUUUUCCAAAACAAUAUUCAGAAGAUGUAUUUGUUGAUAUAAAAAUUGAAAAUUUGGCCAGAAAUUGGCAGAGGUUUUUGGAUUUUGAGAAGGAGAUGAAAAAUUAUGCAAAAGAAUUGACGAAUUGGAGAAAUGGUUUUGAAAUUUAUAUGAAAAAACGGAAAUUGUGCAUUUCUGAUGGAUGUCGUGAUAAAUUAUCAUUUGAAACAUUUUACACUUCUUGGUUUGCGGAGGACAAAUUAUCAUCUUCGAUUUCGGCCAAAAGUGCUCAACCGAAUUUUGAUGUUUUUGAUGUGAGUUGAAAAUAUAUUUUUGAAAAAUGUGGCUGCCGUGAAAAAUAAAAAUCAGUUCAGCUUCGUCAGUCGCGUGCGGCUUGGCGUCGCGGUCGAGAAAUGAUUAAUUCUCUCAUUUAUUUUCCAACCGCGACGCACUGCCGCACGCGACUGACGGAGUAAAGUUGUUUAUAUUCAUUCAGUUCUGGCAGCCACAUUUUUCAACUUCAAAAAUAUCUAGCAUUCCAAAUUUUCAGGAUAUCUAUAAUCCAUCAAUAUUCAAAUUCCGAUUAAGAUACGAUGUGCUCCCGAAAAAUUUCGAAAAUUUCCUACAACUCUGUGACCAAUAUCAUGUAACUCCAAUUGGAAAUGCCAAAGAAUUUGCGAUUUCUCAAAAAAAUUAUAAAAUAAGGUUAGUCAUAGUAAGCAGAAAUCCCUAAUUAUUCAUCGAGCUCACACAAAAGUGCAUAUGAACUUUUUUGCGCCGCGAUUUCUCAGCUUAUUUGAAAAUGCGAGGAGAAGGAGCAAGAAAAAACCUCGGCCGAUUUUAUUUAAUAAUAAUCAUGUAGGGCAUUGAAAUGCAGGUGUCAGGCAACACAAAAAAAAACAACAACUUACCUGAACUCUCUGUUUUUUCAGGAACAAUUUCACCCGAAUUCAUCUGCUCUCCACAAUUUCAAUUCUCAUUAUUUCCCUGGUUUUUAUCACCAUAUUUUUCAAUUGGAAAUUCGCCGUGGUUUUUGGGAUUUUUGGAAUUUUCACGAGAAUUGAGAUCGGAGCCGUGAUUUGGAUCUUAUUCAGAAAUUCUGAAGUUGUUCUCGAAAAUCAUCAAAUAAUCGCGGAUUUUUCGUGUUUUCUAGGUUUGUGAAAAAAGUUUUUGCCACCCUUCUUUUAUUGAAAAUGAGCACUUGAAAAUGGAAAUCCAAAAAAAGGGCUCUUUUCCCCUUUUCCCCCUUUUUUUUGCUCGAAUUUAAUUAGUAGCAAGAAAGAAAGAAGAAGGUGUGAGUAAAUAAACAACAAAAAAUCUCAUUAUUUGUUGUGUUGCAGGUCUCCUAAUUGCCUGGAAGCCGCUCAUCUCGCUUUUCGCCUAUCAAAAUCGCAUAAGAACUUCAAUUCAACGCGACGAGUUGGCUGGAAAAGAGGAGACGCGAAAACCGGCGAUUCCGAUUGCACAUUUUGUGGAUACGGCGAAUAUUGUAGUUGUGCUAAGUUGUGGUGAGUUAAUUUGGGUUCGGAAUUUGUAGAACUUUUGCAUAUCUACAAUUGACCUAGAAUAUAGUGUAGUUUCUUCAAAAUUAUUUAUUUAUUUUUAAUGAGCUCCAGAGGAUCCAGAUCCUUUGGAGUGGUGCCAGGUUCGAUUUCCGGUUAUGGGCGGGACCCUUGAGGAGUUUUCAGAGAAGGUACCCCGAGUUUUUGUUUUUGUUAAGGACUUUAAGGUUAGGGGCUUCAAGGUUAUGGUAAUUUAAAUUUAGGGCCUUAAGGUUAAUGAAGUUGGGGUUAAGGAAGUUAAGAACAGGCCUGUGCUGGAAAUUUUCCAAUUUUGCUAAAUUUUUGCUCGACAAAUCCGGAAAGUAAAAGAUCACCCAGUUUUGUGAAAAUUUUCCUAGAAUCUGACAAAAAAUCUAAAUUUUCGAGAAUUUUUCAAAUUUUUUUUGAUUUAAAAAAUCACUUGUAAAUGGAGAAAUUUCAGAUUUAGUGCUGAAAUUUGAAAUUUUUAAGACUUGAUUGGCUAUAAAGAUUCAGAAAAACCGACAUUUUCUGUUUUGUGGACACUACUGACAAAAAAUCUGAAAUUUCGAGAAAGUUUUCAGAAUUUUUCUUUUUUUUUAUUUUCGGAACUGAAAACCUGACAAAUUCCAGAAUAAACCUAAGUUUUACAGUCAAUUUAGUGCUGAAAUUUAAAAUUUAAAGUCAUUUACCUUAAUGAGUGGCUAUAAAGAUUCAGAAAAGCCAAAAUUUUGUAUUUUGCGAACACUACAAAUAUUGUAGUUUUGCUAUUUUGUGCCUAAUUUCCACCCUUUAUACAAAAAUUGUAGCAACAUUUAAAACAAAAUUGUAUAGUCUUUUCGAAUGCCUUCCCCCAGCUCCCCUUCCGUUUUUAAUUGCGAGGUGUGAACAAUAAUUUGUUCGACUUGUCCUUCUCCCCCAGCGAUAUUUCAGCCGGCCGCGCGGAGAAGACAUAGAGGGGGGAGAGUCGAGAAAACGUAGAGGAGACCACCCCUAGGCAUAGAGGAGAUGAUGAUGAUGAGGAGAAGAAAAAACGGAGAAGGCUGGGGGGACAGGCUUGCUCAGCAUGCACAUUUUCAUAUACAUACACUUUUUUUCGUCUCCCCCCGUUUUCGCGCGCGAGCUUGCGCAAUAUAUGAAUGUUGUAUUCGAGAAGAAGAUGAAGCUGAGGAAGACAACUUGUGUGUAUGCAUGCAUGUGUGCUUUAUUUUUUUGAGUUUGGGUGGCCGCUGAUGGAUUGCUGCCCCGUGGGUGGCGCUCUCCUUUUUUUUCCGGCUCCCCCCAUUUUUCCACGAUGAAUGUGUUUUUUAUUGUGCCUCCCCCAUUUUUUUAGUAGGUGAUUAGUAGAUAGUUUGGGUUUAUUUAUGGGGGUCUUGGAGUUUUUUAAGGGUACUGUAGAGUUUUGAGGAUCUGAAGGUGAGACUCAACCUAGAUCUUCUGGCUUUUGAGAUCUUUGAAGAUUUUGGAGAUCUACGUUUACGUUUUUAUCGUUUUACGGUUUUACGGCUCAAAAAAUUGUUAAUAAAUUAAAUUUGAAAAAAAUCACUAAAUACAUAUGGUGAAUUUUGACAGAAUCAAAUUGAAACUUUCAAAAAAAAAUUUUUAUGAAAAUUUUGUCCUAAUUAAUUAAUUUUUUAUGGAUAUGGAGAAUAAUAUUGUUAAAAUUAUGUUGGAGUUAAUUAAGAUAAGUUACCAAAUCCCAAUUUUUGAAGUAAUUUUUGCUGUUUUUCUAAAUUUUACGAAUUUUACGGGAUUUCACGGUUUUAUUAAACCGUAAAAUUCCCAUUUUACGUUUUACGGUGCCACGUAAAAAUUUCCCAGGGUUAAUUAUGAAGUUUCACAGGUAGAGCUUUUUUAUCCCCGAAAAAUAAUAUCAGAAAUUCUAUUCUAGGAAAUAUUUAAAAGUUUUCAAUUUCUGAAGUUCGGAAAAAAAUUACUUGGAAUCUUUUUUCUUCAAUUUCAAACAUUUUUUUUUUCGAUUUCUAAACACAACCAACAAGACACAGUUGAAAAUUACGAGAUAAAUAAGAUUUACAAAAAAACACAGCGCUAUUUAUUCAAUUAUAGUAAAAAAAUUAUCCAAAGCCAAGUUAUAGGGCUUCAAACCGCGCGGUUCGUUUUUUCCGAAGGAAAAACAUUUGAGCUAAUUUUUCUUGUUGACUGACCUCAGAGUAUGUGUAUUUCUGCAGAAAUAACUUAUUAAUUUUAUUCUAGUGAACAAUUAAUUAUUUGACGUCAUUUCAUGUACUUGGAGAGACCUACAUUUAAUUAAAACACUUUGCCUGUUUCUUGAAUGAGUGAAAAUAUUUUUCAUUUUUAAUUGUAAAAACCACAAAAAAAAUACCACCGUGACCGCAAAAAUCAUGAAUAAAAAGUAUUAUUCAAAAAAAACGUUUUUAAUUCCUGGGCGAUUGUAAGUUCCAAGUAUUUCUUAUCAUUUAUAUUUGUGUCGAAAAAAAUUUUGGCCAAUUUUCGCCUAUUUUGGUUGUAAAGUUAUUUUUCUUAUUUCAAUGCCAUUAUUAAUAAAACAUAACAAAUGACUUGAUUUGAAAAAGGUCUUGGUCUCCUGUUUUUUUGCGGGUAAAAAAAGCCGGGAUACACUAACAUGAGUCAUCUUUUUGAAAAUACCGCCGCUAAUAUUCAUUUUCCCAUUCAUCCCAGUCACAGGUUCAUUUUUUUCGCGCGCAUUUUCUCGCCAAACCCCAAAACUAUGUAAUAAAUCGUUGUCUCAACACCCUGCUGUCCUCCCGCGAAAAAAAAUAUAAUAAAUCUUUACAGUUUGGCUCAUCGGAAGUUUGACAUUUCUUGCGAUUUUCGAUUUUCGCACGACUUUUUCCAUCAGUUUUCUAUCAAUUUUCGCUCUCCUUACCGCUUCGCUCAACUCAAUGACGAUGAUAUCGAAAAUUCCCGAUGUUUUUGAUUCGCAAGUUCGAAUUGUUAUGGAAUCGCGCAAGAAUCGAUUGAAAACUCGCGCGUUUUUCAUUCGUCAAAAAUCAGACACUGUAAGUUCAUCAAAAGACAUUUUAAAUGUUUAAAAUUCAAAAAUUUUCAGUCACCAGAAUCAUCAUUUUAUGAAGAAGAGGAAGAGGAAUUCGAAGAGGAGGAUGAAGAAGAAGAUUAUGAAUCAGAAGAAGAUUUUGACAGCGAAGAUGAACCUGAUGAAGAAGUUUUGGCAUUGGUUGAACAUUUGGAGUCGAAGCUGGCACAGAGUGAAAAAGCGGAAUUUUUGAAAAAUAUUGUGGCGGCUGACAAAAAUCUGAAAAUAUUGCGAGAAGAUGAGACGAGUUUGGAAAAGCGGAAGGAGCGAUUACUUGAAGAUUUGAAAUCUCAACCGUCUUGCUCUACGGCCAAUCAUCAAUAUGCAGAUUAUUUCCCGCCUGAUUUCACAUCGGAGAUGAUUGAUUUCAUGAUCGAUCCGAAAUAUCAUGGUGGAAAGCCUUGGGUUCCACCGGCUGUUCCGCCACCACGAGCCGAAUUGGCGCAAGCCACCGCUUUUGCCAAGGAAUUGUAUGAGAGUUUUCUGGAAUCGGUGCAAAUGGCGGAAGUUGGAAUUCCUGUGCCGCCCAUUGAAGUUGUGCCCGAACCGGAUCUCGAGAGUUCGGAUGAAGAUGAAGGUUUUGGUGGAGGAGGAGAUGAAUCGGAUUAG